AUGGUGCCAGUUGCAUAUGACUGCUUGCGUGAAUUAAAUUUCAAAGUGCAGCAAAAUAUUAAACUGCACAGCUGUGGGGAUAGUGCAACGUUGUUGGGGGAGACAAGCUGCAGAUUGAAAGUCACUGAGGACAUCUGGUUCAGAUGCUGUUCCUGCACCUAUGUCACCAGAGAUCAGCAUGGAAUUGUGAGCCACUUGGCUGCCCAUGGUGAACAAUCCAAGUGCCAGCAUCCUUCCAAGUCUGGCUCUAGGACCCAUGUGCUUGGCAACACUCAAAAGCACAACAGUGAAAAGCCAUUUAAGUGCAAGCUUUGCCCUCAAGAGUUUGCUUAUAAUUCUAUUCUGACCUGUCACAAUCGAACACACACUGGUGUCAAGCCAUUUAAGUGCAAGAAGUGUCCUAAAGCCUUUGCUCAAAAUUCUCAACUACAACGCCAUACUCUAAUGCACACUGGUGAAAAGCCAUUUAAGUGCAAGCAGUGCCCCCAAGCCUUUGCUCGAAAUUUUCAACUCCAAAUUCAUAAUCGAAUGCACACUGGUGAAAAGCCAUUUAAGUGCAAACAGUGCCCCCAAGCCUUUGCUCAAAAUUCCCAUCUUAAACGCCAUACUCUAAUGCACACAGGUGAAAAGCCAUUUAAAUGCAAGCAGUGCCCCCAGGCCUUUGCUCAAAAUUCUCAACUACAAUGCCAUACUCGAAUGCACACUCGUGAAGAGCCAUUUAAGUGCAAGGAGUGUCCCCAAGCCUUCGCUCGAUAUUCAAAUCUGAGAAGUCAUAAUCGAAUGCACACUGCUGAAAAGCGAUUUCAGUGCAAUCAAUGCCCCCAAGCCUUUGCUCAAAAUUCUCAACUACAACGCCAUACUCUAGUGCACACUGGUGAAAAGCCAUUUAAGUGCAAGCAGUGUCCCCAAGCCUUUGCUCAAAAUUCCCAUCUGCAAAGCCAUAAUCGAAUGCACACUGGUGAAAAGCCGUUUAAGUGCAGGCACUGUUCCAAAGCUUUUGCUCGAAAUUCAUAUCUGAGAAGUCAUAAUCAAACACACACUGGUGAAAAGCCAUUUAAAUGCAAGCAGUGUCCCAAAGCCUUUGCUAGGAAUUCCCAACUGCAACUCCAUACUCUAACCCACACAGGAGAAGGUGUGACUAUCGGAGGAGGCAAGGCCGUCCCGCUGCAUGAUGAUGCCGCGAGUGGCGCUGUCGUCAGCAGCGCGAUCAGCCCGUUCCGUGUCCACGCUGUCGUCUGCACGUUGUCGCGGGGCAAUCCGAGUACUUGCCUUUAUCUUGUGAUGAGUCAGUAUGGAGCGAGAUUGGAUUUGAAAAUUUUCAGUGUCGUGCUACAAGCGAAGGACGAUAAUGACUUGAUUUGUCAUUGUUUAAUGUUCAUGUUUUCUUUACUGCACUACUUAAACUGUUGUCCAAUAAUCCAGUGGUACAAGCGAGUUUAUGCAUAUUAA